GCAAUUUUCAGGUUACCUCUUCUCCUGUUGCUAGUUAUUCCACUCCCCUAACUAUUUCAGAUAAUCAGAAUCUAACAACUAAUGAAACUAUUUUGGACAGGUUAGCCAGUACUCCCCGUUUAGAUAAAGAAAGUUUAACUAGUUGUACUGUAAAUGGCAACAUAAAAGUAGGUAAUCCUAGCAUAUUGAAGACUAGAACUUCUAGUAGAAUCAAAAAAGCCCCUGUGACAAAAAAAGAUUUUUUAUGGUAAAGUCAACCUCUAGAUCACAGACAGGUAAAUCCAUUCCUUCGUUGAAUAAAGAUGUAAGUGCUAAUCAAUCAGCUGUAAGGAACACUAUCAAAUUGAAUAAUGCUAAACCACCUUAUGAUACUGUUCAUAAGAACCAUAUUCAUCCUUCUAACAAAUUAUUACAGAAUCAUUAUAAUACAAAUAAACUAACAAUUCUUCAUCAAAAUAUACGAGGAAUUAUUAAUAAAGUUGAUGAAUUCUUAAAUUCAUUAUCUCUUAAUGCACCUCAAAUUAUCUGCUUAUCGGAACACCACUUGAAAACUGAUGAAAUAAGUGAAGUAAAUUUUGAUCACUAUACUGUCGGUACUUCCUAUUGUAGACAAACAUACAGUCAUGGAGGUGUGUGUGUUCUUGUUCAUAAGAAUAUCCAAUUUAAUACUAUUAAUCUAGACCAAUUUAACAAAGAGAAGGACCUUGAAAUUUGUGCUUUGAAGUUAAACGUAGCUUCCAACAACUUCACUAUUAUUUGUAUUUAUAGAUCUCCAACCGGCAACUUCUCAUACUUUUUAAAUCAGUUGGAAUUAAUUCUGAACAAAGUACACAAAACAUCAAGUGAAUUAAUUUUAUGUGGUGAUCUCAAUAUAAACUAUCUUAAUGACAGUUCUAGGAAAGAUCUCUUAGAUUCUCUUUUAGCCUCUUUUAAUCUCUUCAGUACGAUUAACUUUCCUACCAGAAUCUCUAAUAACUCUUGCACCUUAAUAGAUAAUAUCUAUAUCAAUACUCAUCGGCAUGAAUAUUCCGUGCACCCUGUUAUUAAUGGUCUAUCAGACCAUGAUGCUCAGGCUAUUACCUUAAAUAAUAUCUCCAUUCCUGUCCCUAAACAUGUAUCCACCUAUACGAGAAACAUUAACAACUACUCGAUAAGUCAGUUUACAUGUCUGUUAAGUUAUGAAAAUUGGGAAGAUGUUUUUCUUGAAACCAAUGUCAAUGUAAUUUUUAAUAAUUUUCUCAACACAUUUCUAAGAAUCUUCUAUUCAUGUUUUCCUGUGAAAAAAUCCCAGUACUCUUAUAAACAAAAACUAUGGCUAACUACUGGUAUUAGAAUUUCAUGAGCAAAUAAA